UCCAACUCACAAACAAACCAUUCUUGCAGUAGUGAUGUGUCGGUAACAUGUCUAGUGAGGGCUCAGUGACGUCCAGUGGAUCCCGGAUCCGACAAUUCGGGUUGUACAGGACUAUCGAUGCUAGGACCGAGGAGUUCCUAAGGUCGUCCAGGAAAAGGCAGAUAAGGCAAGGAUGCGCCUGCGCUGCUAUUUCAACCGCGAUCACAGUUACCGUUGUCGUUGUAAUUCUUCUGAUCUACGAAUACGCGAUAGCUGUAGAAUGGAGUUUAGUACAAAACAAACAAAUCACGAAUAGAUCCAACGCCACCUGGAGGGACCAGCCUUUUGCCGAUAGACUUGACCGCAGUUACUUUGGACUCGAUCAAGAUUAUUAUGAACGUAUGCCCUUGCUAAUUAAUGCUUUGCAAGAAAGCAGUUACUUUGACCCAACCAUAGAAACAACAGGGCCUUUCGCCAAGAGACGAUACAACAUGACAUUAAUAAAACCGACAACAACGAAACCGACUUUUAAGCCCAGUCCAGUCAGAAGGACAAGUCCUCGACCCUUUUUCUUUGAAUACAGAAGUCCCACUCCACUACCCUUUAGUAAAACCUAUGGCUCAAGAAGUUGGAUAGAACGAUAUCGAAACGAAGAAAGAUUAAAAAAUAUUCGCCAGAUAAUAAAAUAUUUGGAAACCACAAUUAACGCUAAGUCUGGAGACUUACAUUCUAAGCCCUCAAGCACGCACAUUGCUUUUACUGGUGUUUAUAUUGAACCAAUGCUAGAUCAUAAAGGCGUUGAUAUAGAUCCUAAGUCAGACUUGCAACAAGAAAGCUCAGAAAAUAUAAAUCAGUUUAAAUCGAACCAUCUAGCAGAUCCGCUCUUCAAUUUCAAACCAGAAAGUCCUGGAGAAGUCAAUCUGUUAGCUGACGACUUUUUACGAUUUGCACCUAUUCCUACACCGAGUCUAGAUACUGCCCACAAUUAUCCAAUGUUCCGACAGAUUCCAUUUAACAAAAGGAAUUGUCUGGGUAACAAAUGUGAACAAAAUUUUCCAAGUACUAUUGAAAUAAAACCAACUGAAGCUCCACCGCUGAGUACUACCAAAUCAUUUAGUGUUAUGCUCAAUUUGUUUCCCAUGAAAAAGGAACCCACGACCACUUCAAAAUCUUUAGAUAAUAUUUACCUUACAACUUCACGACCUUUGAUACAAUUUAAAAGAAAGUCCAAUGUCGCUUUUCGGCGAAUAUUUACUCCGUAUAAAAGACCGAAAUAUUUAAGCAACAUUAUAAAUAAACAAAAUAAAGUUAUGAAGCCUAAGGAGAAUCAAAAUAAAGAAACACCAACUGCGGAAGGUACACAAAUGAUUGUACACGUUAAAGUGUAUAGUCCUAACGAAAAAACCGAUUUGAAAAACGAAACAACUAAAGUGCAUUCUACGAUACCUUCAACACAAACGAAUCCUUACACUACAAAGGCUCCUAUAGAAUUAUCGACAUCACAAAUAGAAGAUCAUCACAUAGGUAGCUCGGGUUACAUACCAGUUGAAGCUAGUACAGAACCAACUCUUCCAAAAGUGACAACCAUAUUACCAUUCUUUGAAUCGACAACUGACCAUUGGCCAGCUCCCACUGAAGUAUUUCAAUUCAAUGCAGAAGACGCAAAAGUGCCUAAUCAGUAUCUAGAAUUAGAAAGAAGAAGUAAUAACCGUCAAAGUAUACAGAUUAGUAGACGGAAUUCUGGCGAAGAAUUCAAUGAUCAUGAAGAAUUAAGUACACUUAUUGUUAAACUUAAAAAUGAAUACGUAAGAACUACUACAGAAGCUCCUUUGCUUAAAAGUACAGAGAAAGUAGAGGAAACCACAACAGAGUGGACGUAUGUACCCCAAAUAAAUGGUCAUUAUAGACACAUUAAUCAAAAUUUAAAGAAUGGUGAUACUGAGUUGAAUGCGAAUCCAGAGAAUAAUAGAAAAAAGCGUUUAGAGCAAUCAGUAUCGGGUUAUCGUACUUAUGUUCCCAUGUAUGUAGAAAUUAAAAGAAAUCAUAGCCAAACUCCGACCAGCGAUUCUGAGGAAAUUAUUGAUAACAAAGACAGUAAAUAAUGAUUUGUUUCAUUGUGAUUUUAAUGUAAAAUGAUCUAUGUAGUGUAACGAUAAUUAGUUAUAAUUGUAAAUUAUAAAAAUACUUAUUUAUUUUCUGUGUCCCACCGACUUUACUUAUUGCCCAUUAUUGUGUCUUGUGCUCAUUUCAAUUUUGUGGGA